GCCAGCAGCAUGGCCGCUACCUAGGAGUAGUCAUGGUUCGACCGUGACGCGAAUUCCACUCCAAAGGAGGCGUUGUCCUACCGGCGGGUUCAUUCUUACGUUAAACCGGGGGAUGGGAUCACCCAACCCGUCAUUUUAACGGCAUUAUUUUAUUAUUUUGUGGUUUUAGCUCAGAGUUUUAAUAUUAUUUUAUCAACAUGAUCAAGAACGGUCACCACACAUCGAGUGAGCAGGGGAUAGAGAGCGGUGCUAAGCAGGGAGACUUGGCUUGCAGCCCAGAGAAGAGGAAGCGCUCUGUCCGGGUGUGGUGUGAUGGCUGUUAUGACAUGGUGCACUACGGCCACUCCAACCAGCUGAGACAGGCUAAGGCCAUGGGAGAUUACCUCAUCGUUGGAGUACAUACAGAUGAAGAGAUCUCGAAGCACAAGGGUCCUCCUGUCUUCACCCAGGCAGAGAGGUAUAAGAUGGUGCGGGCUAUCAAGUGGGUGGAUGAGAUCGUAGAGGGUGCUCCCUACGUCACCACACUGGACACACUGGACAAAUACAACAGUGACUUCUGCGUUCACGGAGAUGACAUCACUCUGACGGUGGACGGUAAGGACACGUAUGCGGAGGUGAAGAGAGAGGGCCGGUACCGGGAGUGUAGACGCACCCAGGGGGUCUCCACCACAGACCUGGUGGGCCGCAUGCUGCUCAUGACUAAAACCCACCACAGUAACAUCGACAACUCAGACUACCAACAGCACACGGACAACUUUGGGAAGGGUCCUAAGGGCCACAGUCCAUGGACAGGAGUGUCCCAGUUCCUCCAGACCUCCCAGAAGAUCAUCCAGUUUGCCUCAGGACAGGAGGCCCAACCUGGGGACACCAUCAUCUACGUAGCCGGGGCCUUCGACCUCUUCCACAUUGGUCAUGUUGACUUCCUAGAGACGGUCUACAAACAGGCUGAGAGGCCUUACGUCAUCGUGGGACUGCACUUUGACCAGGAAGUGAAUCGCUACAAAGGGAAGAACUACCCAAUCAUGAACAUCCACGAGAGAACCCUGAGUGUCCUGGCCUGCAGGUAUGUAUCAGAGGUGGUGAUUGGGGCUCCCUACGCUGUGGGUAAAGAUCUGCUGGACCACUUCAAGGUGGACCUGGUGUGUCAUGGGAAGACAGAGGUGUUUCCUGACAGGGACACUGCAGACCCUUAUGCUGAGCCUAAGAAGAGAGGUAUCUUCCGUACAGUAGACAGUGGUAACGGUUUGACCACCGAUGACAUCGUACAGAGAAUCAUCAAGAACCGGCUGCUGUUUGAGGCAAGGAACCAGAAGAAGGAGGCCAAGGAGAUUGCGGUGUUUGAGGCGAUGAAAAGCCAGGCAGAGGGAGAGCAGGCCGGGGACACGGCCCAGGCAGCACAGUAACCAGAUCAAACUAGUUAAAACCAGACCCAGCUGUCCCAAAUUUCAUCCUAACUCAGAGUUUCUCAAACUAGAGAAACUCUGAAAUAACUAUUUUUUUUUUUUUAUUGCGUUUGGUUCAAAGAACUGGGGUUAAGUCAGUAACCUCCGGUAGCUGCUAGGUGCCGUUGUCAUAGUUUCGAGCGGUUUCUUUCUUCCUGUCUUUCGAACGGUUUAAUCUAGAGUUUCCCUCCUCAAUACCCAGAAGCCUCAGAACAGAGUGGACAAGACCAGGCACUAAAAUCAGACAGGAGGAACAACAACAAUCACUGGUGUUAUUUUCUACUCAGCAAAUCAAACUAAAUGAUUGGCUGAUGAUCUUCUGAACUUCCCAAUACCUUUCUGAUGCAUUUGUCACUUCAAACAAUCCUUCAUAUUGAAACACUGUGAAAUGUACUGUCAACUGAUUUGUAAUAGAUGGUUAUAGUCCCAGUUUAAGAACCAAACAUUGGCUGUUGAUUUCAUCACCUUUUUUUAAAAUGACAAAAUGGGGUCACGGAACAAAAAGUUUGGGAACUCCUGUCCUAACCAGCUCCAUAUGGUUCAAACACGACCCGAACCGGGUCAGACUGAACCAAGCCAGCCCAAACCAGUCUAGUCCUACUACUUGUACUGUAUACACAUCCUUUAGUGAAGCAUUGCCUGCUAGCCCGUCCUAGACCGGCUUUACCCCCCCAGUCCACAACGGGACAAACUCAUUCCACCGACGGCCGAGUGUCUGCAGGGUUUUCACUCCCUUGUACUUGAUUGAUGAAUUAAGGUCAGUAAUUAGUAAGGAACUCCCCUCACCUGGUUGUCCAGGUCUUAACUGAAAGGACAAAAGACAAACCAGAGGACACUAGGCCCCCCAUGAAAUGAGUUUCCACCUGACCCAAACCGGAUCAGACCGGAUCAAACUGCAGAAACAGACUUUAACCAAGACACCUCCUCUCCUUCACCAGCUAAGGAGAACACACAAAUAACCCUCUUCCCUCUGUCAGUGGAGGCUGCUGAGGGGAGGAUGGCCCAUAAUAAUGUCUGGAGUGGAAUAUCUGGAAUGGACUGUGUUAAAUCUUCUCCCACUUUCAGGCAGAAAGAAAGGAGAGGAAAGGAAGAGAAUCCCAAGUGUGUCUGAUGAAAAAGAGAACAUUGAGAGACUUGUGAAGAAGAGAGGAAAGUCUAUGUAGUUGUGUGUGUACUGUAUAUUUAGUAGGGCCUUCUCGUCUGAUCUACCAAAUGGCACACUAUUCCCUAUGGACCCUGGUCAAACGGCUGCUGACCCCAGCCCUGCGCUUACAGCCGCUGACCCCAGCCCUGCGCUUACAGCCGCUGACCCCAGCCCUGCGCUUACAGCCGCUGACCCCAGCCCUGCGGUUACAGCCGCUGACCCCAGCCCUGCGGUUACAGCCGCUGACCCCAGCCCUGCGGUUACAGCCGCUGACCCCAGCCCUGCGGUUACAGCCGCUGACCCCAGUCCUUUGCUUACAGCCGCUGACCCCAGCCCUGCGGUUACAGCCGCUGACCCCAGUCCUUUGCUUACAGCCGCUGACCCCAGCCCUGCCGUUACAGCCACUGACCCCAGAACACAUACAUGCCAGAGUUGGCGUCCCCACUUGCGCUGUCGAAUAACUGGCUGUUCUGUGGCGUGACCGGUACGACUCUUCAGGUGGCCUGUCACGUGUGUUCGAGGCAGAGGUCUUGGGUUUGCGCCUCACUAGGAGCUGACUCAGGAGGAAGGUGGUGCUCUUUAAGCAAGCAGCAUGACCUCAUUCACAUCGCUAUGGGUUGGAGUCCGGUCCACUAUCUCUUCAAUACAUUUAACCAGUGUAUGAUAUAGGGAGUCAUUUCAGAUGCAGCCCUCUGUCUUGUAUGUAACAUGAUGAUUCAGGACUCUGUCUUGUAUGUAACAUGAUGAUUCAGGACCCUGUCUUGUAUGUAACAUGAUGAUUCAGGACCCUGUCUUGUAUGUAACAUGAUGAUUCAGGACUCUGUCUUGUAUGUAACAUGAUGAUUCAGGACUCUGUCUUGUAUGUAACAUGAUGAUUCAGGACUCUGUCUGUAUGUAACAUGAUGAUUCAGGACUCUGUCUUGUAUGUAACAUGAUGAUUCAGGACUCUGUCUUGUAUGUAACAUGAUGAUUCAGGACUCUGUCUUGUAUGUAACAUGAUGAUUCAGGACUCUGUCUUGUAUGUAACAUGAUGAUUCAGGACUCUGUCUUGUAUGUAACAUGAUGAUUCAGGACUCUGUCUUGUAUGUAACAUGAUGAUUCAGGACUCUGUCUUGUAUGUAACAUGAUGAUUCAGGACUCUGUCUUGUAUGUAACAUGAUGAUUCAGGACUCUGUCUUGUAUGUAACAUGAUGAUUCAGGACUCUGUCUUGUAUGUAACAUGAUGAUUCAGAUGUUUUCUUGUUUUUCAUGUGUUAUGUGGAUAAUUAAUUUAAAACAUUUUUUAGAGUCAAUGGACAAUGACUGGGGAGUCAACUGGGUGUGUGAGAGACUGUUUAAAGGGAGUGUGUGUGUGAGAGAGAGACUGUUUUAAAGGGAGUGUGUGUGUGUGUGUGAGAGACUGUUUUAAAGGGAGUGUGUGUGUGUGAGAGAGACUGUUUUAAAGGGAGUGUGUGUGUGUGUGAGAGAGACUGUUUUAAAGGGAGUGUGUGUGUGUGUGAGAGAGAGACUGUUUUAAAGGGAGUGUGUGUGUGUGUGUGAGAGAGAGAGACUGUUUUUGUGUGAAUGAGAGAUGAAUACCAAAACAAAUGGGCAUGUAUAUUGUGUGGCUCCACCCCUCUAAAGUUACUCUGUAAAUCUGUCAAUUCAUUGUCUGGUAAUGACAAGAAAAUACAAAAUACUGAGCCAUUAUUUACUGAGGUUGAGCCUCUUUGUAGUUGUUCAAUAGUCCAUAUCUGACGUGAAGUGGAAAGGAACAGGUUAACAUUAUUUACCUACGAAGCUGAAAAAAUUGUAUAAACACACAUUUGCUUACCACUAAUGUCUGUAAUGAUAGUUUCAGAAGAGUACUUUUUCCUAUAAUCGUCUUCACCCAUCUUACAAACUUAUAUAUUUCCACACUGAGGUUGAAAUGACACUGAAAUUAUGAUGUCCUUUUUAGUGAAAAAGUGAUGGUAAUGUCAGCCUGUUCAGGUGGGAGAUUUUGGCCCACAGCAAAUCAAAUGUUAUUUGUCACCGAAUCCAACAGGUGUCGACCUUACAGUGAAAUGCUUACGGGCCCUUAACCAACAAUGUAGUUAAGAAAAAUAGGUGUUAAAGUAUUUACAAAAAUAAACGAAGGGGGAAAGCAUGA